UGGGGCAAGGCAGGACACAAAUAUCGAAAAGUUGCCCAAAAUAUGGGCAACCCAUGACCCGAUGAUUAGGCCAAACGGAUCAAUGAUUCAAUCUCCCGAGUCGCACGGUUUUGACCAAGUCAACAACUUUUAAGCAAAUAACGAGUUUUAGCAAAACCGGAACCAAAAUCAAUGCCGAUGACGGUUCGAACGGUUCAACCGACCGGGUCAAUGGCGGGUUGAAAACACUGCUUCCUCCGAUGAAUAUUUCCCCGCUCUUCAAACUCACACGCAGGCUCGUCUCCCUUCUAAACUUUGCUGAUGUUCCAGGAAUCAAAGAAGAUUUGUAGUCGCACAGCGGAAGAGGAACUCUUCGAAUGCGCAGAACUUGUCCUCCCAUGGCUCCCACUCUCAGAUCUUGCUUCAAUGUCUUCCACCUGCAAAAGCCUCCGUCAGAUAGCUAAAGCCAUCACCACCAGGAGAAUUUUCGAUGCUUCACGGAGCCUCGAGAAGCACCCAAUUCCUUUCAUCAACACUGUCGACGCCCAACCCUAUUCCUAUUUCAUCUACACGCCGUCUCAAAUCCUGGGUCUUCCGGAUUCCUCUCCUAUAUACCAGCCCUGGGGUUCAAACCCUAAGAUACCCAUUUCAAAUUCGUGCCCAAUGACCGAUUUAAAUCUGACAAUAGGCUUAGUCUCUUCGGUGGUUGAAAAUUGUUCUGGGUGUGUCUGUAAGAACUGUUCUCGAGUAACGAAAGACGGGGAUCUCGAGUGUCCCUGCUGGAGCAUCCAACCCGAGUUAAUGGGUUCAUGUCUGGUCUCAGAGAUGAUGACUGAGUGUGGAUCGAGUUGCGUUUGUGGGUUGGAUUGUGCGAAUCGGUUGACACAGCAAGGGGUUUCGGUUCGAUUGAAGAUUGUUAAACAUCGGAGGAAGGGCUGGGGCGUGGAAGCUGCUCAGUUCAUUGGGUGUGGAAAAUUUAUCUGCGAAUAUGCUGGUGAGCUCUUGACAACGGAAGAAGCCAGAAAGCGGCAACAGAAAUAUGACGAACUUUCAUCAAGUGUCCACUUUUCUUCUGCUCUCCUAGUUGUGCGUGAACAUCUCCCAUCUGGAAAGGCAUGCAUGAGGGUGAACAUAGAUGCCACAAGAGUUGGAAAUAUUGCACGCUUUAUCAACCAUUCUUGUGAUGGUGGCAACCUGAUGACAGUGUUAGUAAGAAGCUCAGGUGCGUUGCUGCCUCGUAUUUGCUUCUUUGCAUCUAGAGAUAUACAAGAAGGUGAAGAACUUACUUUUAGUUAUGGAGAUGUUAGGACCAGGCUGAAGGGCCUGCAAUGUUUUUGCGGUAGUUCUGGUUGCGUUGGAUUACUGCCAUCAGAACAAACUUGAGUUCUUCCUCUCACUGAACCCUUUUCUUUAUGCCAUUUAGUGAAUGUUUUAAAAAUUAUAUUGAGGAAAAAAAAAGGCUAAAAUUCAAUGGGAUAUGGUACCAUUCAUUGUUUCCUGGAGUGCGUAAAAGAGAGUAGCAGGCGUACCUUUGAAGAUAAAUACCGCACAAGGAAGGUGAUUGUUGAUAUCUGCUACCUGGUUAUUGAAUGGUUUCUUCCCUCAUCAUGAGUUCACGGAUAUCUGAAUAGAAGAUUUUUGAGGGCAGGUUUUGCUUUCACUUGAUUUAGAUAACCAGGCAGGUUGAACAGUAAUUAAUUAACAAUGUGUACUUUGCUAUUUUCUAUUUUGUGGUAAAAUCUCAUCACCAAUGGAUUA